UUUGUCUGGGAGAACGGACUGUGGCUUGGAGGCAGAAUUGACAAAGACUGUAUCACUUGAGCUUGGCAAACCGCUACUGUCGCUUCUAUCAUCUUUCAAAUCUCAGACAUGCACAAGAAGCAGUACAAGUUCAGAACCAUCACUUUUUCAAAGAUCCUACCUCAGAGUAGACGAUUCCACAGUAGAACAAUUCAGUGCUUUUCAGGAGAUAAUGACUGCUUUGUCACGUCUUUCCUUAUCUGAUAAAGUUAUGUCUGCUUGGACUGGUCUAAUAGACAUGACAUUUCCUGCGAUAGUGACAUAUGGUUCAGAAUUCAUAUUGACGUUUCUCCAAACCCCAAUGGAUUAUGUAAAAAUAGCACUGCAAUUUGGAAUUGCAAUGCCCGCUCUGGACCAAAAUGAACAAUGUCAGCAAGGGGAUCUAAAGCAGCUCCUGAUGUGGGGUAUACGUCACAAUGUGAGCUGGUCCCUUGGUGACUCCAUCUUGGAUAUGUUCCUGGCUCCAGAAUCAACGCUGUGCAGCUACCCAGGCCCAGACUGCCAGAGCCUCCCCACAGUCUCCUUCAGCCGUACCCUCAAAGCGGUAGAGGACAACCCCACUGCCCUGCUGAGGUGUGACCACGACAACUUAGCCCGUUUCAACGACACCCUGUGCGCUGACAUCAUCACAGUGGGCCUACAGAGCUCCUCAACACUUUCCACUUUCUGCAACGCUCUGAGCAUCCUGAACCCCACUGAGGUGGAACAGGUGUGGAGUAACACCUGUCGUGUUAUCCAGGCUCUACUGUUGCCCGUCCUGGAGGACAGGUCUGACUGCAGUGGGGACAUCCCGGCCCCGCCUCCCCCAGGCCCACGGGUCUCAAGAUCGCUCAGCCUCAGCCAGCUGCUGUGCAACUACGGCAACUGGACCAAUGCUAGUGACGUGGACGCAGGCCUGGUGACACUGUGUAGUGAAAAUGACAGGCAAGAAUUCAUCCUAGCGGUGUGCAGCAAUAUCCAGCUAAUGCAGGCAUUGAUGAACAACAAUCCUAACAAUAGCUGGCUGUGGAAUUUCUGUGUGAACUCCUCUGAUGGAUACAUGGUGAGUCAGUUCUGUAGGUAUCAGACCUGGACGGCGGAGACAGUCGACCCAACCAUGGUGGCCGUCUGCUGGGACCAGGACAAGGAGAGGCUGAUGAUCCUCCUCUGUCAGAACCUGGACUUGUUCACUGUUGUGUUUUCCCAUGUUGACAACAACUGGCUGCAGCUGAACUGUACAGAGGCUCCGACACAGCCAGAUAUAAACUCUCUGGUGGCGGCUUCCUGCCAGUACUCAGAAUGGCAAAACGUGAUGGAAAUCACCAUAGAGAUGAUAUCCAUGUGCAUCCAGAAUGAUGACAAGGGUUUUGUACUGGAGGUGUGCGCCAAUGCCACAUUUCUGAAUGAACUGCUCCAUAAUAGUGCUACUGUAUGGGUUGGAGAAUACUGCACUGUCUCCCUUAACUCUCCACCCACCAACCYGCCUGUGGUGUUCAGCAUCCCAGACUGGUGCAACUAUGAUAAGUGGAGCAAGGUGCUGGUGGACCCGUCAAUGGUGGAGCUCUGCUGGCGACACGACCAGAUGGGUUUUAAUAAGAACGUGUGCUGCAACAUGCCCCUGUUUGAGAAGCUCACCUUAGAGCCCCAGAACGA